UGUGGAUGUCGGUGGGGUUAGAUUGGAGUAGUAAAUCGUUACAGCUUCGAGUACUUCCAAAGUAUUUUACAGACCACGUUCGAGGCAACAAAACGAGAUCCGCAAAUGCAGCCCUCCACUUCGUACAGGAAAGAUAUGGUAGUGAAUUGAAAUCUACCAAUAAUGUGAAGGUUUACUCCUCUGUGCUGGUAACCACCAAAAUCGAUCUUUCUGGGGAACUUCCCGCUGGAGGCCUCUAAUAUCAAGACCGAAUGGCAAAAGUAUUACGUACAGAAUACCAAUGGAGCAGCCGAAGGAACCACUAAGGUCUAGAUAGUAGUACUAGUGACUCUCGCGG